AUAUUUCGUACUUCGCAUCACAACUCAAACCACCACCACUUUUUAAAAAUCAACCAGAAUAUAUAAAAAAAAAACCCCGACGUGAUCCAACUCAUCACCACCGCAAACCACCGUAUCACCACCAGAUUUAACCGAGCGGAAUGGCUUCUGCGGAAGCCGAUUCCCGCCUUAUGAACACGGUGUUAGUUCCAGCCCUAGAUAAAAUAAUCAAAAACAGCUCGUGGCGCAAACACUCCAAAUUAGGUAAUGAAUGUAAAUCUGUUAUUCAACGUAUUACUUCAAUUGAAAAACCUCAACCGUUAUCUCCUAAAUCACCGGGAAAAACUGAUAAUAAUCAAUCAGAUGUAGAUAAAGAUGUAGUAGAUACAGAUACAGCUGAAAAAUCUGUAAAUAUAGGUGGUGUAUUGCAUGAUUCAGGUAAUAAUGAACUUAAUUUAGAUGAAUCUGAAUUUAUUUUAAGUCCUUUUAUCAAAGCGUGUGAUUCCGGUGAUCUUAAGAUCGCCGAACCGGCAUUAGACUGUAUACAGAAACUGAUUGCGUAUGGUUAUUUGAGAGGCGAAUCGGAUCCGAGUAGCGGACCGGAAGGGAAGCUGUUAGGGAAGUUGAUUGAGAGUGUUUGUAAGUGUUGUGUGUUAGGAGAUGAAGGAGUGGAGUUGUUAGUUUUGAAGACGAUUUUAUCUGCGGUGACGAGUGUGCAGUUGAGGAUACAUGGAGAUAGUUUGUUGGAGAUUGUUAGGACUAGUUAUGAUAUUUAUAUGAAUAGCAGGAACGUGGUGAAUCAGAGUACCGCGAAGGCGUCCUUGAUUCAGAUGCUUGUGAUUGUGUUUAGGAGGAUGGAGGCGGAUUCGUCAACGGUUCCGCUGCAGCCGAUUGUGGUGGCAGAGUUGAUGGAGCCUGGGGAGAAAGGUGGAGAGGAUGAUGAUGGGGGAAUGUCGAUGUUUGUUCAAGGGUUUAUUAGUAAGGUUAUGCAGGAAAUUGAUGGAGUUUUGAAUCAGGGAACACCGGCAGGAGCCAAUGGUGGUGUGCAUAAUGGGGCGUUUGAGACGAAGACGUCGACUACGGAGACGACAAAUCCUGCUGAUUUGUUGGAUUCUACUGAUAAGGAUAUGUUGGAUGCCAAGUAUUGGGAGAUGAGUAUGUAUAAAACUGCAUUGGAGGGACGGAAAGGGGAAUUGGCGGAGGGUGAGGUGGAGAGAGAUGAUGAUUUGGAUGUGCAGAUUGGGAAUAAGCUGAGAAGGGAUGCGUUUUUGGUUUUUCGGGCUUUAUGCAAGCUUUCAAUGAAGACUCCCCCAAAAGAGGCACUUGCAGACCCACAGUUGAUGCGAGGAAAAAUUGUUGCAUUGGAGUUGCUCAAAAUUUUGUUGGAGAAUGCCGGGGCGAUUUUUAGAACCAGUGAAAGAUUCCUGGGUGCCAUUAGGCAAUACCUAUGCCUGUCUUUGUUAAAGAACAGUGCAUCAUCGCUUAUGAUUGUAUUCCAGCUCUCCUGUUCGAUUUUCUUUAGCUUGGUCUCAAGAUUUAGAGCUGGAUUGAAAGCUGAAAUUGGAGUGUUCUUUCCAAUGAUUGUUCUCAGGGUUCUAGAAAAUGUUGCCCAACCAAAUUUCCAGCAGAAGAUGAUUGUACUGCGGUUUUUUGAAAGGUUGUGCGUUGAUUCACAGAUCUUGGUUGAUAUAUUUAUCAAUUACGAUUGCGAUGUCAAUUCAUCUAACAUAUUUGAAAGGACGGUAAAUGGGCUUCUCAAAACGGCUCAAGGUGUCCCACCUGGCGCCAUGACUACUCUCUUGCCACCUCAGGAUGCAGCCUUGAAACAUGAGGCAAUGAAGUGUUUAGUGGCUAUCUUAAAAUCAAUGGGGGAUUGGAUGAACAAACAAUUACACAUUCCUGAUCCUCACUCAGAAAAGAAAUUUGAAAUUGUUGAGAAUAAUUCUGAAUUGGCCGAUUCUUCCAUGGAAAAUGGAAAUGCAAAUGAGAACGAGCCUGUUGAUGGAUUGGAUUCUCAUCCGGAAGCUUCUAGUGAAGCUUCGGAUGCUUCAACAAUCGAGCAACGCCGGGCCUACAAGCUGGAACUUCAGGAAGGUAUAUCUCUUUUCAAUAGGAAACCUAAAAAGGGUAUCGAAUUUUUGAUUAAAGUGAAUAAAGUGGGGAAUUCGCCUGGAGAAAUAGCAGAUUUUUUAAAGAAUGCUUCUGGUUUGAACAAGACGUUGAUUGGUGAUUACCUUGGAGAAAGAGAAGAUCUAUCACUGAAAGUAAUGCAUGCAUACGUUGACUCGUUUGACUUUGAAGGUAUGGAUUUUGAUGAGGCAAUUAGAUCCCUUCUACGGGGAUUUAGAUUGCCUGGUGAGGCUCAGAAGAUUGACCGAAUUAUGGAAAAAUUUGCUGAGCGUUACUGCAAAUGCAAUCCAAAAGCAUUCAUUAGUGCUGAUACAGCCUAUGUUCUUGCCUACUCUGUUAUACUACUCAAUACCGAUGCACACAAUCCUAUGGUUAAAAAUAAGAUGUCACCUGAUGAUUUUAUAAGAAAUAAUCGUGGCAUAGAUGAUGGAAAAGAUUUGCCUCCUGAAUACCUGAAAUCUCUGUAUGAAAGGAUAUCAAAAAAUGAAAUUAAAAUGAAAGAAGAUGAUCUAGCAAUUAAACAGAGGCAGUCUGUAAACUCAAACAGGAUGUUGGGUUUAGAUAGUAUACUGAAUAUUGUGGUGCGCAAGAGAGGCGAUGAGAGUAAUGCGAGUGAUGAUCUUAUGCAACACAUGCAAGAACAGUUUAAAGAGAAAGCACAAAAAUCUGAGUCAGUUUAUUAUGCUGCGACAGAUGUCUUUAUAUUAAGAUUCAUGUUAGAGGUAUGCUGGGCACCUAUGCUGGCUGCCUUUACUGUUCCGUUUGAUCAAAGUGACGAUGAUAUAGUAAUUGCUCAAUGUCUGGAAGGCUUUCGGUAUGCAAUACAUGUUACGGCAGCAAUGUCCAUGAAAACUCAUCGAGAUGCUUUUGUUACAUCACUGGCCAAGUUUACAAGUCUUCAUUCACCAGCAGAUAUUAAACAAAAAAAUGUAGAGGCAAUCAAGGCAAUGGUUACAAUUGCAUAUGAAGAUGGGAAUCACUUACAGGAGGCCUGGGAGCAUAUAUUGACGUGUGUAUCUCGAUUUGAGCACUUGCACUUGUUGGGAGAGGGAGCUCCUCCAGAUGCUACGUUUUUUGCUGUUAAUCAGAAUGAGUCUAACAAAUCACAGUCGAAGUCAAAUAUCCUUCCAGUUCUUAAGAAUAAGGGAGCUGGUAGGAUUCAGCAGGUAGCUGCGGCUAUGAGAAGAGGUUCAUAUGAUAGCGCUGGCAUUGGCGGCAAUGCUUCUGCCGCUAUUACACCAGAACAGGUUAAUAACUUGGUCUCCAACUUAAGCAUUUUGGAACAAGUUGGAGAAAUGAAUCGUAUAUUCACAAGGAGUCAGAAACUAAACAGUGAGGCAAUUAUCGAUUUUGUGAAAGCACUUUGCAAGGUGUCCAUGGAGGAGCUUCGUUCUACAUCUGAUCCAAGAGUAUUCAGCCUCACAAAAAUAGUUGAAAUUGCCCACUACAACAUGAAUCGCAUCAGACUUGUGUGGACAAGCAUUUGGAAUGUACUCUCUGAUUUUUUUGUGACCAUAGGAUGUUCUGAGAACUUAUCAAUUGCGAUAUUUGCAAUGGACUCUUUACGCCAAUUAUCUAUGAAAUUUUUGGAGCGAGAAGAGUUGGCUAAUUACAAUUUUCAGAAUGACUUUAUGAAGCCUUUUGUCAUCGUCAUGCGCAAGAGUAGUGCUGUGGAAAUUCGCGAAUUGAUUAUCCGAUGUGUGUCUCAAAUGGUUUUAUCACGCGUCAAUAAUGUUAAAUCCGGAUGGAAAAGCAUGUUCAUGGUCUUCACAGCAGCAGCUUCUGAUGACCACAAAAGCAUCGUACUUCUUGCAUUCGAAAUAAUUGAGAAGAUAGUACGGGAUUACUUUCCAUACAUUACCGAGACAGAAACCACAACUUUUACAGAUUGUGUAAAUUGUCUAAUCGCGUUCACCAAUAACAGAUCUGACAAAGAUAUUAGUCUCAGUGCUAUCAGUUUCUUGCGUUUCUGUGCUGCCAAACUCGCUGAAGGAGAUCUAGGCGCCUCUUCAACAUACAAGGACAAGGAAGCUUCUGGUAAAAUGUCCCCUUCAUCACCUCAGCAAGGAAAGGAUGGGAAAUUUGACCGUGGAGAGUUAACAGAUAAGGAAGAUCAUCUAUACUUCUGGUUUCCAUUAUUAGCCGGAUUGUCUGAACUUAGCUUUGACCCUAGGCCUGAGAUUAGGAAUAGUGCUCUUCAAGUACUCUUUGAUACGCUAAGGAACUAUGGUCAUCACUUCUCUUUAGCAUUAUGGGGAAGGGUGUUUGACUCUGUCCUCUUUCCUAUCUUUGACUAUGUUCGGCAUGCUUCUGAUUCUUCCGGUGAGAGCUCAAUACCACAUGGGACUAAUGGUGAUGUUGACGAGCUUGAUCAAGACUCUUGGCUGUAUGAGACAUGCACUCUUGCUCUCCAGUUGGUUAUGGAUCUUUUUGUUAACUUUUAUGACACUGUUAAUCCUCUUCUGGAAAAGGUUCUAUUGUUAUUAGUAAGCCUUAUCAAGCGUCCUCACCAAAGUCUCGCCGGUAUUGGUGUUGCUGCUUUUGUUCGUUUGAUGAGCAGUGCUGGGGAAUUCUUUACUGAUGAUAAAUGGCUUGAAGUGGUUUUGGCGCUUAAGGGUGCGGCUAAUGCAACACUUCCGAAUUUCUCAUUCAUUCUCAGUGAAGAUAAUAUGAACUUGAAUACUGAAGAUGUUUCAAUGAGACAAAGUAAUGGGGACUCUGACAAUUUGGAGAAUCUACAGAAGAGUCGUUUAUAUGCUGUUAUUUCUGAUGCGAAGUGCCAUGCAGCAGUUCAACUUUUAUUAAUCCAGGCAAUACAAGAGAUCUAUGACAUUUAUAGACCUCAUCUAUCAGCAAAGAACACCAUGAUACUAUUUGAUGCAGUGCAUGGAGUGGCAAAUCAUGCUCGCAAAAUAAACGUAGAUACUACAUUACGCGCUAAGUUACAAGACCUUCAACCGAUGACACAAAUGCAAGACCCUCCAUUAUUACGCCUAGAAAACGAAUCCUACCAUAUCUGCUUAACAUUUAUAAAGAAUCUUGCAGUGGAUAAGCCUCCAUUUUACGAGGAAUCAAAGGUGGAGUCAUCCCUUGUUUCCCUUUGCGAGGAAGUUCUAAAAUUCUACAUUGACUUAGCGCUUCCUGCACAUACGAGUGAGUUGUCUCGUGGGGUCCAACCCCACUGGUUGAUACCCUCGGGCUCUGGUAAAAAGAGAGAAUUGGCUGCUCGUGCUCCUCUUAUAGUUGUAACAUUACAGGCUAUUUGUAGUUUGGGUGAUUCUUCAUUUGAGAAGCAUCUUCCAAGUUAUUUCCCUCUGCUUUCAAGCUUGAUAAGGUGUGAACACGGGUCCAAUGAUGUUCAGGUGGCUCUUAGUGAAAUGCUUAGUUCUUCUGUUGGACCUGUUCUACUACGCUCGUGUUGACGAUGAUAUAUCAUCUUCAAACUGUGUAAUAUUGUUUUUCAUGCCACUUGUUUUUUACUUUCGAAAAUCUCCCAUGGUGUCUGAAGAGUCGGAUAAUGUUUCCCUACAUCUAGCUUAGUAAUCAAUAGGCUUAGUAAGAAAUUUUGUUGUAUUUUGGUCACAAACUCUCAGAUAAUGUAACAAAUAUUGCAUUUAUUUUAGUUUUGGUAUAGAAAUUAAAGGCUUUUUAUUUCAA